CUUCCAGAAGGGCGAAGCCUGAACACUCUAUAAAUACGCUGAUUCGGCAUUCAGGAGUUCAGUCUACCGGUGCCAUCGGAACAGAGAUCACCACUCUAAAGCACAACACUACACAACUAAACAAACAUGUCUCUGGAACGCCAAGUCCGCGCUAAGCUCGCUUCCAAGCGUAACCCUGAACAAGAAAAGGAAUGCCAGACCUGGAUGGAAACCGUCCUCGGCGCUAAAUUCCCCCCUGGCGAACAGUUCGAGGAGGUCCUCAAGGAUGGUACCGUUCUCUGCCAGCUCAUCAACAAGAUUAAGCCCGGAUCUGUACCCAAGAUCAACACAUCUGGUGGACAGUUCAAGAUGAUGGAGAACAUUACCAACUUCCAAGGUGCCAUAAAAGCCUACGGAGUCCCAGACAUCGACGUGUUCCAGACCGUAGACCUUUGGGAGAAGAAGGACAUUGCUCAAGUUGUCAGCACACUCUUCGCUCUUGGCCGUGAGACUUACAGGCAUCCUGAAUGGACCGGCCCUUGGCUCGGCCCCAAACCAUCCGAGGAGUGCAAGCGUGACUUCUCCGACGAAGUUCUCAAGGCUGGUCAGACAAUUGUCGGUCUCCAGGCUGGUUCCAACAAGGGCGCCACUCAAGCAGGAAGCAACAUGGGUGCUGGCCGCAAGAUUCUCCUCGGCAAGUGAAGACCUCGUCCCAUCCCAAAAAGUGAUAUUAAUAUUAAGUUAAUUAAUAUUAAGUUGUAUAAAACUGAACACUCGGACGCUGUUGUAAGACUGCAACCUCGUGUAAUUCUAGUCAUGCGUGAUGUGUAAGAUUGUGCGUUCUCUUGGGUACCAAGAGAUCCAGAUGAAUUACCUACAACCUGGUAACAUCUUAUACAUUCAUGUAGCACCAAGUUGGAUCUGUAACUAGGAUAAGAAAAUUAUUUAUUUCCAUUUAUUUAUAGCCUUUUUGUAAUAAAAGAUUUUUUAUCUA